CAUUUUCACCGCCAUGUAAGGAUUCUGCUAGUACCAAGAACACCAUCACUUUCACCACAACUCUCUUCUCAGGGCCCCAUCUACCACUGAAGCAUUUCCCUGCAUAGCUAUUAUAAUUAACCUUCUGUGAAGAAUAAAGAUGGCUGGUUCCACUGAGGUUUACCGCGCAAGCGCCACGGCUCCUGUUAACAUUGCCGUUAUCAAAUACUGGGGAAAACGGGAUGCUAUCCUUAACCUUCCCACAAAUUCUUCACUCUCUGUGACCCUAUCACAGAGUUCUUUACGUGCAUACACCACCGCAUCGUGUUCCCCCACCUACCCCGCCGAGGAUUCUUUGACCCUCAACUCGCAACCGCAUAGCAUAAAAGAUUCAAAGAGAACGCUUGCUUGUCUGUCGGAUUUACGCAGUCUCCGUCAAGAACUAGAGAAUGCAAACCCAUCUCUACCCAAACUCUCAACUUUCCCUCUCCGGAUUGUAUCAGAGAAUAACUUCCCCACCGCUGCUGGUCUCGCUAGCUCCGCUGCUGGCUUCGCUGCGCUGGUUCGCGCUGUUGCCAACCUCUAUGAACUGCCUCAAUCACCUAGCGAUCUCAGUCGCAUUGCACGCCAGGGGUCUGGUUCCGCAUGUCGCUCUAUGAUGGGUGGUUAUGUCGCAUGGCGCACAGGGGUCUUGGAGGACGGAACCGAUAGCCUGGCAGAAGAGGUGGCCCCGGCGAGCCACUGGCCUGAGAUGCGCGCCCUUAUCCUCGUCGUGAGCGAUGUGAAGAAGGAUGUUCCUAGUACACUAGGAAUGCAAGCGACAGUUGCGACCUCCACUCUCUUCGCAACCCGUGCGGAAACUGUGGUGCCUGCACGCAUGGUCGCGAUCGAGACUGCGAUUAAAAACCGGGAUUUCCCUUCCUUUGCUGAAAUCACCAUGAAAGACAGCAACAACUUCCAUGCCACCAAUCUUGAUACCUGGCCACCCACUUUUUACCUUAAUGAUGUUUCCCGUGCUGCCAUCAGACUGGUCCAUGAUAUCAACCGUGCCGCUGGCGAGACUAUUUGCGCUUACACGUUCGAUGCCGGUCCAAAUGCGGUUAUAUACUACUUAAAUAACGAAUCGGAGCGUGUCAUUGGGACAUUCAGGUCGAUUUUGAAGCCUGAGACUAAGGGCUGGGAUGGCGUGUAUGGUGAUGCUGUCAAGCACAUAAAGUCUGGGAUUCUUGUGGAGAAUUUGGACCCGAGAGCUGUUGCUGAGCUGAGAGAUGGUAUUAAUACCGUUAUCCUGACUGGUGUCGGCGAAGGGCCAUUAAAAGCAGACCAACACCUUGUCAGCGAAACUGGGGAAAUUUUGAAAGGAAGUCCCAACUAGGCGAAUACCAGUCUACCAAGAGGAAGAAACCAGGAGUCAUUGGAAUAGAAACCAUUUCUCGGCCAUGAUACCCCUUGCAUCCCGGAGAAUGAAAGCGGGCGCAUCGAAAAUUUCAGAAAUUGGAGUUUUAUAGCAUCAAUAUAUCGUAUUGCAUUGAACAACUUCCAAAUUCAUUAUCUUUGUAACUAGGAGUGUUUUGCUUUUCCAUAUCUUCCCAUUUCCUUUUUAAACAGACAGAAUCACUCCAACGUGGAAAUUGAAGCAGAACAAUCAAUCAAACCACAGCGAACACGCAACUCAACUCAUCCACCCAGAAUAGCCAAUUUCUUGAACGCUUUGACGACAGGUGGCUCCCUCCCCUUCCCACCAAUAGUCUGUUGCAAGCUAUCCCAGAACACACCAUCACCACCAGGUGGCCGUUCCCCUCCUAGACCACCGUCCUCACUCUUGCCUGCAUCAGCACCGUUAACACCAAGACCCAUUUCCUUCGGUACUUCAAACACAUCAUCCAAGCAAUCCCUGCACAUUCCCAAAACCUCAUCCAAAUGAUGUUGCACCAACCCCGCUCGUUCCCUCAUUCCCCUCCUCAACAGCGCUUGAAUGAGCCCCUCCCCCUCAUCAAUGGCGCUAUUUACUCUUUCAAUAAGCCGUCGUACACUAUUCACCAAAUAUUCCUCUUCGUAGACAGUCCCUUUCUUCCCGCGUGCGCGCUUGCGCUCCUCACGCCGCCUCGUCUUGCUCGUUUUCCGAGACGAGGACGUAUUCCCCGUAUACCGCGUGAACAUACUUCGGCCCGCCAUUGUGGUCGCGUCUGUAGGCGCUAGCGAGACAUUAUCGGGAAUAUCGAUGCCGCCUUCACCCAAGCCAGCAGCCGGAUCACCGCCAUAGAAACCCAACGGAUCGGUGGCACGGCGGACGCGCAAUUCCUGGAUCCUGGGUACCUGUGCAUUGAGCUGCGCCUUGCAGUCGGCGAGCAGAUCAAUCAUGCUGCCCAUCGCGUCUCCCAGGGCUGAAUCAACGACUUCGCCGACGAGGGAUUGUUUGCCGUGAAGUACGAGGAGACGGCAGGCAUCACCGAAUUGAUUGCCGCGGCAAAGUAAUCGUGCAGCAGUUGGGAUGUCUUGGAGGUGUUCAGCGUGGAUGUGGGCAGCGGAUAUGUAGUCCUUUGUUUCGGUUGUGAGGGUUGUGGCGAGGGAGUGGAGGAGGGAGUUCAUUUGUGUUUCUGGGAGGGGGACGAGACUAGCACAAUAAAUACAUUCACGCCAUUGGUGUGCGAGCUGGUAGGAUUGGUAGGCGGGUUCAUAAAAGGAAAGCGAUUCAUAGACUUUGGUUUGGUUAGUUCAUUAUGUUUAUCCUGGAGGUGGUAAUUCUUUGAGGUAAAAGGAGGUAGACGUACUGAUGGCAGCUUCUUUGUAAUUGGAUUGAUCGUAUAGAUAGUCAGCGUAUAACUGUGACAUAUCCCGAAGCAGUUCAGGCUGGUACUUGUAUAGUUCCAAGGCAUCGUUGUAUAAUGAAUGUUUGAUAGCGUAAAGUUUGAGCUCCUCAUAAGCAUGAAGAGCAUGUAAGGUUUUGAUUGCUUUUCGCACUCGUCCUAGGUGGUUGUCGAUUUCAUACUGACGG